CGGAAUCCCCAAGGACCAUUCCUCCGGGUGUGUUUUGUUCCGAAACCUUCAACGGAUUUCCGGAGAAUCUUCCCUCCGAUAGUUGGUUGUGUUCCACUUGGACGUUCUCUGUGUGUAUCGAGAGACGAGCCUACAGCAUUAGAAGGGGGAAGUAGCAGCAGUGUACGGUAUCAACGUGAGGGGUGGAAACGAAGGAGUUGUAGCGAGAGGGGUGUAGAAAGCAGCAACAUAGAAGAGUGUAGUGUGAUUAUGAUCCAUCGACCGAUGAAGGGAAGUCCGUAGGAGCAAGAAGCAGUACAAGAAAGUGUCGUUCGUUCUAGUCGUGCUGUGUGUCGUAAUCUUCACCGUAGUCCAACCGUUCAACAAAACUGUUCAGCAACUGCCCACGGUGACAAUUGUGUCGCGUACGUAUUAAGUGUGUUUAUGUGUUCAACUCGUCACCAGUGAUCUGAACCUGUUCACGGUGAAGGAAGAAAGCUGUGCUUUUAAAGUGUCUCGAAGGAAAAAUUCUUGUAGAGUAAGAGCGAAGAAAUUCUACGCGAUCGUAUACUCGUACAGCCGAGCGGAGAGCUGUAUUAUUGAUUCCGCACCGUGUAGAAGAGUGUGUUGUUCGCGACUACACUGCCAUUUUUGAAGCGCUAAGCGUAUCGCGGUGUCUGUGUGCGUGCAAUUUGUGUGUGUGUGGUUGUAGAUUUCCUCUUGGAAGAAGCGUGCAGAGUGUGUAGCAAAACUGGGCCCAACACUGCCACCCAUCCAGGGCUAGUUCACGGGAAUAAAGGUGUAUACUCUUCCAUGUGCUUAGGAGGAGAGCAGCAAGAAUAUCACGUAGAAGAGAAAGAGCGAACCGCCGCGAAAUCGGGCAGGGUUGUACCGGAAGCGCACGCGAAGCGGUGUUCAAAGAACUUGGAGUGAAAUUUUUGAAGGUGGGAAAGAACCUUGUGUUUACGGAAGGAAGUUUGUGUCUUGUGUGCAUGCAGCCAGUACUCAGUGUUCUUGAAGCAACUCGUAACUGCCAGAAAAAUACCAACUAAGGACUAGUGUAAUCGAACGUCUUUCGUUUUAAAAGUUUGGAGGUCGAUCAAAUCCUUCCAGCAGUUGCUGUACGUCUGUCCGGACUUUACGCGUGCCAAUGAGGUCCACCUGCGGCUCGGGCUUAUGCUCAAAGUGAACGGAGAUUACGAGCAAUCGCAGAAGCACCUGCAGCUUGCCCAGAACGACGCAUCGCCGUGCACCUUCGGCAAGCUCGAGAUUCGCUUCCACAUCGCCCAUCUGUAUGAGGUCCAGAACAAGUUCAAGCCGGCCAAGGAAGCAUACGAGCAGCUACUCGGGGACAAACAGCUGACACCGGCGCUGAAGGCAGACAUCUACCGGCAGCUCGGAUGGAUGUACCACAGCAUUGAGACGCUCGGGGAGAAGUCACAGCGGGAGCGUUUCGCGAUCCACUGCCUGCACAAGUCGAUCGAGGCCGAACCGCGCUCGGGACAGACGCUGUACCUACUGGGCAGGUGCUUCGCCGGGAUCAACAAGGUCCACGACGCCUUCGUCGCGUACCGCAACUCGGUCGAGAAGAGCGAGGGCAACGCGGACACAUGGUGCUCCAUCGGAGUACUCUACCAGCAGCAGAACCAGCCUAUGGAUGCGCUCCAAGCGUACAUCUGUGCAGUACAGCUAGAUAAAUCGCACUCGGCCGCCUGGACCAACCUGGGCAUUUUGUACGAAAGUUGCAACCAGCCGCGGGACGCGUACGCGUGUUACCUCAACGCCACCAAAAACUCUGACGGACAGCAAUCGACCGUAGUGUCAGCCUUAACCACUGCCAGCAGUGCCCCCGCCGCCGCCGCCAACAGCACACCGGCGGCCGCAGGAGGAACCACUCCCACCGGAACCACCAACCCGACCACAUCCAGCUCUUCCAGCAUCCCGCCAGCGCCAACGCCAACUUCGGUCGCAACGCCAACAACACCAACAGCAGCAGCAGGUGCCGCAAUCGCCGGCAGCAACGGCGUUGGUGCGAAGCCGCAGAGUCUCGCCCAGCGCAUCAAGUUCCUGCAGCAGCACCUGGCACACGCACCUAUGCCGAGCAUCACGUCCAAGCGGCGGCAGCUACCUUCGAUCGAGGAAGCGUGGAAUCUGCCCAUCUCGAACGAAAUGAGCACCCGCCAGCAGCAGCAAACGGCCGCCGCGGCCCAGGCCCAGCAGCGACAGUUCCAGAAGGGUUACCCGCCGGCAAACCAGGCUGCCCAGUUCCAGGGCGGCAACGCGGCCGCCGCAGCCGCAGCCAACAAACGUUUCAAGCAAGAAGAUGGCGCCACUCCACAGCAGCAGGUCCCGGCUGGAGCCGGAGCCGCUCCCCGGCCCGGCCAGGUGCCGAACUUUUACCUUAACCAGCAGCAGCUGCAGAUGCUCCAAUAUCUGCAGCAGAACCAGGGCAACCUCAACGCGCAGCAGCAGAGUCUGCUGCAGCAGUACAGCCACCAGUACCGGAUGAUGCAACAGCACCAGCAACAGCUGCGAUUGCAACAGGCCCAGCAGCAGCAGCAGCAGCAACGGAACCAACAGCAACCUCCAGCGACAUUCCAGCCCGGAUAUCCGCCCCAGCAGCAGCCACCGCAGCAAAUGGUGCCCGGAAGUGGGAACUUCGCGGCGGUGAGUGGUCAACCUGGCGGCUUCAAGCCGGGCACUCCCGGCGCGGCGCCGUACGCUGGGGCAGGUUUCCCGGCGGGUCAAACGAACGCAGCGGCGUUUACGCAGAUUAGCUCCUCGAAUCAGGCGGAUCUUGACCAGGAACUCCAGGCGCUGCUCUCCUCCAAGGACGACACGGCCACGUUCGCCGAGACGUUGCUCAAGCAGUUCGGCUCGGACGACCUGGACAUCAAGGACAUCAAACCGCUCGAUCAGCAGCCAGCCCAGCAAAAUGGAACCACGGCCGACUCCACCUCGACGGCGAACCGCGCCGACGGCGACAAAUCACCCACCAUCAAGGCGGAAGCCACCUCCUCCACCUCCAGCAACAGUUCGUCGGCCAAGCGGCACCUGUUGGCCAAGCACGACAUCAAGCUGGAGCCGGUGAUCAAGAUCGAGAAGCUAACGGAGACGGCCGUAAAGCCGGGCUUCAGCAUCGAGAUGAGCGCCAAGGAGUUGCUGCAGGCGGUGAAAAAGUCCGACCUGAAGGACAUCCCGGCGGUAGCGUCGACGGUGAUGGCCGAUGCGCCACCUCCGGCGCCCCCAGAGUGUCCGCCGCAGCGACUGACCCGCGAGCAGCUGCAACCUCCGACGCCGUCGGUGUUCCUGGAGAACAAGAAGCACGCGUACAGUCCACAGCUGCAGGAGUUCUGCCUGAAGCAUCCGAUCGCGGUGGUGCGACAGCUGGGGGCGGCCUUGAAGCUGGACUUGGGACUGUUCUCGACGAAAACGCUGGUGGAAGCUAACCCGGAUCACAGCAUCGAGGUGCGAACGCAGGUUCACCAGUCGUCGGACGAAAACUGGGACCAGUCGAUGAAGUCCAAGGUGUGGGCGUGCAUUUCCCACCGAUCGCACACCACCAUCGCCAAGUACGCGCAGUACCAGGCGUCCAGCUUCUCCGAUAAGAUCAAGGAGGAACGCGACAAGCUGGCGGGCAUCGUCAGCACCAACUCCGACUCCGACUCGAAGGACUCGAUCACGAACAGCGGCAGCGGGGCAGGGUCCGGCAACGGGCGGCGAAAGAAGGGCUGCAAAAGCAGCAACAAAAUGCUCCGCUUCGGCACGAACGUGGACCUGUCCGACGAACGCAAGUGGAAAACGCAGCUGACGGAGCUGCAAAAGCUGCCCCCGUUCGCGCGGGUCGUCUCCGCCGCCAACAUGCUGUCCCACGUGGGCCACAUGAUCCUCGGGAUGAACACGGUGCAGCUGUACAUGAAGGUGCCGGGCAGCCGGACGCCGGGCCACCAGGAGAACAACAACUUCUGCUCGAUCAACAUCAACAUCGGGCCCGGGGACUGCGAGUGGUUCGCCACGCCCGACUCGUACUGGGGCGGCAUCCAGGCGCUGUGCGAGAAGAACAACAUCAACUACCUGCACGGUUCGUGGUGGCCGGCGCUCGAGGACCUGUACGCGGAGAACAUCCCGGUGUACCGGUUCACGCAGCGACCGGGCGAUUUGGUGUGGGUCAACGCUGGUUGCGUGCACUGGGUGCAGGCCAUCGGCUGGUGCAACAACAUCGCGUGGAACGUGGGCCCGCUGACGGCGCGCCAGUACCAGCUCGCGGUCGAGCGGUACGAGUGGAACAAGCUGGAGAGCUACAAGAGCAUCGUGCCGAUGGUGCACCUCAGCUGGAACCUGGCGCGAAACAUUAAGGUUUCGGAUCGGAAGCUGUUCGAGCUGGUCAAAACCUGCCUCAUGAACACGAUGAAGCACUGUAUGCAGAUCCUCGAGUACGUCAAGUCGAAGGGCAUCGAGGUGCGGUUCCACGGGCGCGGCAAGAACGAAGCGUCCCACUACUGCGGACAGUGCGAAGUCGAAGUGUUCAACAUUCUGUUCAUCCGCGAGCAGGAGAAGCGCCACGUGGUGCACUGCAUGGGCUGUGCCCGCAAGCAGGCCCCCACGCUGCAGGGCUUCGUGUGCCUCGAGGAGUACAAGAUGGCCGAGCUGAUGCAGAUCUACGACGCGUUCGCGUUGCACAUCCCGCCCCCGCUACCUCCGCCGUCGCAAUCUCCCCAGCAGCAGCAGCCUUCCACCACCAGCUCCGGUGCGCCAGCAGUGGCCGUGGCCGCGUCCUCGUCCGCCGUUACCAUCAGCUCGUCCUCGUCGAGUUCGACGCCGCCCGCUUCUACGCCGAUGCAGGUUUCGUAAUUCGGCGCCGUUUCAAAUUUAGUUCAAUUUAAAAAUGUGGCUUCUGGCUGCGCAUUUGUUGUCCUCUUCUGAAGGAAGGUGAUGGCAAUGCGGAGACGGAAGGCGCUCAACUGAAAAGACUUAACACAAUUCCCUCCCGAGAGAGAGAGAGAGCGAGAGAGCGAACAGAACAACACACACAGGCUAGCGAGUAGGACUUUUUUUUCUUUGUAAAUAGGCCCCUUUAAACGAAAGCAAGUAACACACACCAGAAAUAUUCACUGAACUUUUGUAAUUAGCUGGAAAACUGCAACCCAUCACUGCUUUACUACCGUGUAAUUGUAUAGAUAAGUGCGAGAGUGGCGCGUCGAGGCGCAGUGGAAAAGUGGAAAUAUAUAAGAAUUUAAACAACUGGAGAUCAACUCACCAAACCACCAACUCAUGCAUGCAAUCACUACCGAAUCACUACUACUGCUGAAGAACCGGAAAUUCUCCCCGUUUUUUUCUUCUAGUAUGCGUAAGUAUUUAAAUAUUGGACUCCUACAUCGAAAUUUUUCUGGCCUUGGCGAUUUUUAUGAACGGAGAGGCGUUCCGUAAAUGAAAAUAUUCCAAAAAUAUGUGUCUCAGAAAAUUUUCAAAUUGAUAGUUACAGAAAUUCUAUAAAACAACAUAAUUUUUGUGUGCUGAUUUACCAAUUUUUAGUGACUUUGACUCUGAUUCCGACUCCAAAUCUCCGAAAAGAACCGAAUUUUCCGACUUCGACUCCAACAGCAAUUCUUAAAUAAAGUUGAAAAUUAGCCAAAUCUGACUCCGACACAGAACUUUUAACAUUUUUCGACUUUGAUUUAUCACAAAAAAGAACAAACUUUAUCGACAGACCUUCAUUUUUGAAUUUAGUAGUUCAACUAACUAACGAAACUUGAAAAGAUAACAUUUGAAAAUGUUCUUUGAAAUUUUGACUUGAUCGCAAUCGCAAAUAAUGCAAAUUAGUUUUUUUUCCUUCGCAAAAUUAUUAAAUCAUAUCUUAUUACAAAAAGACAUUUUGUGAAAGAUUGAGGGUGCCCGUUUCGCCCCAGAUUUGCUCAAAUCAACCUAAAUUGCAAACUAUGUUGUCAGUGAAUAUUUGAAUAUUUUCAACAUCAUUGCAAAAUUAGCCUAGGUUUGACAUCCAUUAUUGCUAAUUUUCAAUAUUUUAGUAUUUUGCAAGGGUCCUAAUUUUCGGUUCAAAGAUCACUCACUUAUCGCCGAUCGAAUUUUUGCCGACUGAACUGCCGUUCUACGCAUAAUUGUCCCAUGUCAGUUUUGGACGAUUUUGACUUUAUGACAUUUUUAAGUUUAGUUUGAUGUGUACUUUAAGAAAAACACAUAAAAUCUGGUACUUUGUUCGAAAACUCAUUAAAAACAACACCAAGUCUGUUUGUCCCAUCGUUAAACUUCUACGCAUAAUUGUCCCACCAAGAAUUUUCUUACACGGAAUCAUUAGUUUUACUGAGCAUUAUGUCUUGUUUACCUGUUGUAUAGCAAGAGAAUCACAAAUAAGGGUGAUAAACUGCUAACUGGGGCGAUUAGGGACACAUAGGGCGAAUAGGAACCCACGGGACAAUUAUGCGUAGAAACACAGAAAUCGGUCGACAAAUUUCAAUCGCGUUUUUCUCAGUUGCACUUUUUUGAACAUGGGACAAUUAUGCGUAGAACGGCAGUGAAGCGCUCAAAAAUUCGUGAGUGAACACGACUCGCUAGCUGCAAGCAUCUUGGUAGACCACAGUUACAAAUAAAUAUGUUCAGAGAGGAGAGAAUCUUACAAAAUACCAGCGCGUUGCUCUUUUGGCCUGCACUACCACAGUUUGCCGUAAAUUUUUAUUGGGCAUGGUGGAAAUUGCUGUAAAAUGUGUAUUUAAUGUUGUGUUAUCAAAGAAAUUGUAAUAUUUUCGAUAAAAUCGAUUUUAAGCAAUUCAAAAAAUGAUCAAAACAAAGCCAAUCACAGACUAUUUUGAGUCAGCUUUGAGCGACACAGCGCAAUUAGCCUCUCUGAACCAUUCGCUGCACUAGCCGAUUUGAGAGAGAGGGAGAGCAAAAGAGAGAGUUUUCAGUAGCGAUUGGUGUGGAAGUGACAAACGGUAGGAAACGAUCGGGGCAGUUUGGCGUCGCUGUCGAAUUUUGCUCGCGAGUGAUUUAUGCUUUUUGGAGCAAUCGGAACCAUGGUAUUUUGUCAUAAGUGCUGUCGAAAUUCUAGAAAAAAUUGGCUUUGUUGACCAGAACAUGAGUAUAACAAACAUAGUAUAGCAUGCUAUCUGACAUCAGACCGACUUUUGAUAAAAUUUGCCCGAUAUCGAGCUAACAAAAGUUUAAGAAUUAAACUUGGAGCUUUUUUGAAAGUGACUGCUAUUUUUUGAACUCAAUAUGUUUUAAGCAAAAUACUAUUCUAAAAAAAACAAAUUCUUUCUUUUAUUAAGUGUGGUUAGGAAAAUAGGUUUUCUUGGACAUCCUAUUGAAAAUCAUAAUAUUUUUUGGUUUAAGAAAUAUAGUUUUUCUUGGAAAUUUGAGUAUUUUGUCAAAUCUUCAUAAUGAUCCUUUGUAACUCAUAAUGCAAAAUUUAUUGAAAUGAAAAAAAGGAAUUUGAAAUAGAAAGUGUUUUUAGAGGAAAUAAUAAAAAGUCAUUAAAAAAAUCAAUCUGUUUAAAAUAAAUGAACAAUUUUGCUCUUAAUCUUUACUAAAAAAAUGUGUAAUUUCUGGCAGAACCAAUUUUAAAAUUUUCUGAGUUUUCCAAAAUAUCUUAGAUUUUAUCCCAUAAACCAGAAUUGUGUUUCAUAAAUAAACUAGUAACACCGUUUCAAUUGCAGAGUGCAAAAUAAAAAAACUAAAUACAACACUGAAAAAAUAGUUAAAAACCGACACGCAAACAAUACAAAUUAAUAGUUUUCUAUACAAAAAAAAUAAAAACAAGCGAAACAACAAAACAAUCCUCAGGUCAAAAUAGCAACAACAAAAAUGAAAUGAAACAUACUAGAGCGUAACAUAAAACAAACACAACAAAAAAGAAAUAAGUUAACAUUUUGAUGCAAACACACAGGCAAAGACAGCAAAAAAAGCAGCAGCAAAAACACUCGAAAAGUUUGAAACAAAAAUCUAUAUUUCUACCAUCACUUCUCGCAUCAUUUUCAUCAACUCAUUAAGCCACGCCCACGCGUCAUCAUCACCAGCAAACAUGGAGUUCAGAAGGUAGCGGAGCGCACAGUUGCGAACAAACGGAGUUUUAGUUAGGGUAAGGAUAAGGUAGAUUGUCGUCGGAAUGACCACCGGUUAGGUUAUACUAGUUUGUCUGUAUAGAACGUUUUAAUUUAGAGAACGGGGGGAGGAGCCAAGUUCGGCGUUGAAAUGGGGAGGAAAAACGUUACGAUCUCAUGGUGUGGCGGGAAGUAGUAGAAUUUGAAGAAAGAGGGGAGGGGAAAAUGUGUGCGCAGAUGCACUUUAAUUUUAGUUAGACUAAUUUAACUUUGUCGUGUGACUCUGUUUGUGGAAGCGAGCAAGGAUAAUCCAUAAGGUGCUUUAGUUUAUGGGUAAGAAUUUUAGUGCGAAAGAGAGAGAGUGAGAGAUUUGUAGAAAGUUUAUUUGUUCUUUUGAUUUCUUUAGGUUACAAGUGAGGUACUAGAAUGGGAAGCUAGCUCUAUAUAUCGAAACCAUAGACGAAAUGAGUAGAAACUGCGUAAAAAGCUAUAUUAGCGUUUGGAGUUUUUACUUUUGAGUGGAUUGGAGCUUAGACAAAGGAUUAUUAAGGAAAGAUUUAGUUUAACUAGCAAAAAGGGAAAUCGAAAGCAAAACUCCAAAGGAGUUGCGAGGUUUAAAGAUUCGCGAAUAAGGUUAGAAUUAGUCCGACUUGAGCGUAGCGGGUUCAUUUUCACCCCGUGCACAGCAUCACAACGCCUCAUUUUUCAUGUUCAUCUGUCAUGGAAAACACACUCACACAUACACACACGCGCGUUAGCACGUGAGUUUGUGCAGUUUGAAGUAGUAGUAGAAUGCUAGCAGCCACAAAAGCGGGGAAAAGUUUAGUAAAGUCAUGUUUUUUCGCGGUGGAAAAAUCUUUUCUUUUUCGUUUGAAAUCAAAAUUUUCUCAUCAAAAUUAACUCUUUAAAAUUUAAAGAAGAAAAAAAAACCAAGCGUCGCAAGGGAAGGAACCGGAGAGGAGCUUUUUCUCUCGUAAUGUAAACUGUAUAAAGCAUGUUUGAAGAUGAAGAUAAUCUAUUAUCGCCAAUAAGGAAUGACCAGUAGAUCACUGCCAAUAAACACUGGAUCAGGGCCCGCCCGGCGUUGAUCCGCGUGCACUCGAGAAUGCGAAAUCGAACCGUGUCGGGGGAGGAAAGGUGAGAGAACGAGCUUACACCGAACUGUACAGAGCGAGCAAGGGAGAGAUGGAGCGCGAGUAGCAACUGUUGUAAAAAGAGAAUUAUUAACCCAAUUUAUUAAUUAUAUAUAUUUCAAACAAAAGAAACAAUUGGAAGUAACCUUUAAACGAUAUUCGCUAUUAAGAAAAAUUUGUAACAAACACCCAAAAAAAAAACUAUUUAAAUGAGAAUCAAGAUUGAACUACACGGCUAAAACAAACAAAAGUGAAAUAAGUAAAAAAGUUGAAAGAAGGAAGAAAACAUGUCUUUCAGUGAGCGAAGGAGAGUGCGUUAAGGGGAAAACACUGCAGGAUUUUUUGCACACAUUCACACACUGUCAGUCACAAUCAAUCAAUCACCAAAUCACGACGCGCAGCAACAUUUCAUCGUAAUUCGGCAUCCAAUUUGGGCAGAACGGGGGGUGUGUUUGCUGUUUGUGUAAAUAUAUGGAAGGAAAAAACACAACACACAAAAUGUUUCGUCACGAAAUUAAAGUAAACAAUUCAGAAAACUUACCUCAGAGACAGUAAAGAAGGAAAGAGAAAAAAAAUGUAAACGUUUGUGUAAAUAUACAGUAGAUUACAAAGAGAAAAAAAACACAGAAAAAAAAUCAGACAAAAUUAAACAAAUAUUAAUAUUAUUGGAUUAACCGAGCGCGCACGGUUCUUGAAACCGGUGCGCAGCAGUUACAAGUUAUCUUAUUUAAAUUGAACAUAUUAUUUAUAUCGAUUGUCUCAGAUAAGAGGCGCGUGAAACGAAUGAAAAAAACUCCAAGAAUUAAAAUACGAAAAAAGAUGUCGACACUUUGUGAAAAUUGCGUAAUUUUGAUACACGAGUGAACGAGAGUUACAAAACAAGCCUCAUCUCAUUUUACAAGUUGUGGAAAGUAACAAAAAAAAAAAUUAAAAA